AUUCUCUUAAUUUGAUAAGUGUCUUAUCUUCAAUAGCAUCGCUUUGGUCAGGGAAGAUAAACUUUUCGUUCAUUCUGGAUCCAAAAGAAAAACUCAGUCAAACAACAUGAACACUAUUGACAAAAUAUUGUUAAACUUACGCAUCAUAAGUAAUAUCUUCUAGGCAACUUAUGAUUCCAUCAGUUUCGUCUGCUACUGCUGCUGUAGUUACUGCUGUAGUUGCGGAUGUUGUUGAUUCUGUUGCUGUUGAUCCUGUCGCCACUGCUGCUAUCUAUUUUUCAUUGAUCCGUGUUCUAGUUAUCGUUGUUUUAUUCUUCAAAACUCACCUUUUUAGUUAUCGAUUCAUAAGCAUAACAGAUAACUUCAUUACUGUUCUCUGCAGCCAAUCUUCUUCUUUUUUCCAUUCUUUCUUCAGAAGUCGUCUUUUCCUUCGCUUGCCAGAACUCUUUGUACUUCUUUGCAAACUCUGACUGUGUUUGAUUAUCCCUUGCCUAAUAUUAACAAAUAAAUAAAAGUCAUUGAUCACUU